AUGCUCAAAACACAGCGCUACCGACAACGCCAGCGUGAGAAAGAUGAAGCUGCUUUUCUUCAGGCAAACCUUGACCAACAUAAUGCUUGGAGCGUUAAGAACCCUAGAAGGGUUAAUGAGAUUGCUGCUACAGUUCGAGAAAAAGCAAAGGAAUCCCAGCGGAUUAGAUGCGAGCUCUGCAAUCACAAUGCUGCUACUCAAUACGCCCUUGACUAUCAUUUGAACACUGCAGCCCAUGCUGAAGCUGAGAAGAAUGGAAGCAAAAUUUUGAAGCCGGUAUCAUCAGCAGCUCUGAAUAAGAGAGCUUCCCGCACAGAGGCUGUCAAAAAUCGCACAUAUUACUGUGCGUUUUGUGACAAGGUCUGCGAUAGCAGCUUCGCUCUCCAGAGACACUAUGGGUCAAAGAAUGUGUGUACUCUCUUCCUUGUGCGGCUUUGUUUAUUUGUUUACACCCGCCGCCACCACCACUCACCCCGCGGCGGGGUGUGCAACGCACGCACGCACACGCACGUCCACACCGCACAUCAAACAAACGGACGAUAUCUGCCUAGUAGUGGGGCAUUUUCACAAUAGUAUAGCACCCAACAGACCAACACCUGGCCUGGCCCCUCUAGUAAAAUACCGACACUGUUUUUUUCCGCCCUUAUCGAUCGAUGGAGGGGCGCGGGGGGUAAGGUGCUGGUGGUGAGAUGGUGAGUAGGCUGAGAUGAGGAAGGGCGGCGGCGACAGCGCCGCGCGGUGGGCGCGGUGAGGUUAUGAUUUCUCUUUGUUGGUUUCCUCCUUCUGGGUAUUCAGUUUUUGGUAAAGUGAUUAUUGGAAUUGAAUUGCCCAGUUGGUUGUUGUGUUGAGUUUGAGUCAUCAUCUUCACUUCAUUGUUCUUCAUUGUCAGGACGAAAAGAGUCAGAAGAGACAUCCCAGGCCCGCGGGAGCAGCCUGUCAUACAAUGGAGUCAACGACGAUAGUAACCAAACCACCUUGUCCCGCGCCGGUCCUCUCACGGGCGGUAACUGCGGGCGCGGGGUUU